CGCCAAUAAAACUUGAAGAAGUAGUGAUUUGGCUCGCUUGUUUGAAUAAACAAAUUAACCGGUAACUUCAUUUUUAAGCUGCAUGUGUUUGAACCAUUGGUUUGAAGAAACAUACUAGCUUCAGCAGAUAAAAUGUCGGCUUUUAUUGUAAGUGUCUCGCUUGAUCAGUCAUAGUUCUUAAACGUCUAGUGAAGUCGAGUCCUGAAAGCCAUGGAUGGACAGUCUUGUUUACAGUUAGCAAAUUUAGCUAGCUGGAACUGCUUAUUGCAUGCUAACCAGCGCCUGUAAUGUUGUGCAUUAGCAAGCUAUUUAAUGGCCAAACAUAUGCUAUUAAGUGGUCUGCACUGUAGCUAGCUAGAUAGUUAUGUUCUGCCCAAAUGGCUACUAUGAAAUUGUGUGGCAACUUGGACGUGAGGGGAUAGGCUCAGUAGCUAGUUUAUUUCAUGUAUGUUUGUCCGUAAGUGUAACGCACUUAUUUACCACUAGUCGAAAAUAAAUAAUAUUCUAGCCGAAAUCGUAGCUAGUGCAAGUUACGGAGCAUUAUUGUUGUCAACAUUAGAGCUCAGCUCAGUAUGUACCUAUGUAAUUAGUGACAAAAGAAUAUACUAACUACAGACAGUAAAUGGCCUGUAUUGUUAAAAUGACAUCAUAUAAGGAUUAACAUGCUGCAGCAACAGUCACCCUCACACAGUCUAGCCUGAAUUGACCUCCUUGCCCUGCUGUGUUUCAGGCCCACCCUUCGGUGCGGAUCAGGGGCACAGAGCACACCUACAACCCAGUACUAUGUCAGGAUGACAACUGCUCAGGCAAGGACAAGGGCACACAUACGCACUGCCCUUUCUGCACUGUGGCUGAGGCCUAUCAGGACCCCGUCAUCUUACUGGCUCACUACCGCAUCAAACAUGUUGACAAGGGCAUUGACUUUGCUGGUGAGAGGCUUUAACACCUAUACAAAGGAGUACACAUAAGAUAAUAGAUUCAGUGGUAGUAUGACUUUGCCAAAAGGUUUCAGUGAGAGAUCUUUCACUAAAAUGUAUAUUUAGUUAUUGGUAGAAGAAGAAGAAAAAAAUGCCCUAUAGCAAGCUUUUUGUCCCCCACAUUACUCCCCUUCAGGCCUAAUAGUGCUUCGAUGCUGCAAUCACUGUGAGAUCGUGGGCACCAUCAAAGGGGAGAAGAGGUUCAAGGGAGCCCACUGGCACUGCUACCGCUGCCGAAACGGCUUCAACCGCAGAGAUGAGGCUAUUAAACACUAUAAGACCCACUUCCGGAACCCCCACACCACCUUCCAGAUACAGGUCACACAGGUACUGGCACCAAACAACUGUAAUAGAACAUAGUGCCUUCAGAAAGUAUUCAUACCCCUUGACUUAUUCCACAUUUUGUUGUUGCAGCCUAAUUUCAAAAUGGAUAAAAUAUUUUCUUUCUCUAUCAUCUACACACAAUACCCAAUAAUGAAACAUGUUUUUAGAAAUUGGUGUAAAUGUAUUGAAAAUGAAAUGCAUAAAUAUCUCAUUUACCUACAGUUGAAGUCGGAAGUUUACCUACACUUAGGUUGGAGUCAUUAAAACUUGUUUUUCAACCACUCCACAAAUUUCGUGUUAACAAACUAUAGUUUUGGCAAGUCGGUUAGGACAUCUACUUUGUGCAUGACAAAAGUAAUUUUUCCAACAAUUGUUUACAGACAGAUUAUUUCACUUAUAAUUCACUGUAUCACAAUUCCAGUGGGUCAGAAGUUUACAUACACUAAGUUGACUGACUUUAAACAGCUUGGAAAAUUCCAGAAAAUGAUGUCAUGGCUUUAGAAGCUUCUGAUAGGCUAAUUGACAUCAUUUGAGUCAACUGGAGGUGUACCUGUGGAUGUAUUUCAAGGCCUACCUUCAAACUCAGUGCCACUUUGCUUGACAUCAUGGGAAAAUCAAAAGAAAUCAGCCAAGACCUCCACAAGAAAAAAACAAUUGUAGACCUCCACAAGUCUGGUUCAUCCUCGGGAGCAAUUUCCGAACGCCUGAAGGUACCACGUUCAUUUUCUUUUCUUGGUGACUAUGGUCCCAGCUGCCUUGAGAUCAUUGACAAGAUCCUCCCGUGUAGUUCUGGGCUGAUUCCUCACCGUUCUCAUGAUCAUUGCAACUCCACGAGGUGAGAUCUUGCAUGGAGCCCCAGGCCGAGGGAGAUUGACAGUUAUUUUGUGUUUCUUCCAUUUGCGAAUAAUCGCACCAACUGUUGUCACCUUCUCACCAAGCUGCUUGGCGAUGGUCUUGUAGCCCAUUCCAGCCUUGUGUAGGUCUACAAUCUUGUCCCUGACAUCCUUGGAGAGCUCUUUGGUCUUGGCCAUGGUGGAGAGUUUGGAAUCUGAUUGAUUGAUUGAUUGCUUCUGUGGACAGGUGUCUUUUAUACAGGUAACAAACUGAGAUUAGGAGCACUCCCUUUAAGAGUGUGCUCCUAAUCUCAGCUCAUUACCUGUAUAAAAGACACCUGGGAGCCAGAAAUCUUUCUGAUUGAGAGGGGGUCAAAUACUUAUUUCCCUCAUUAAAAUGCAAAUCAAUUUAUAACAUUUUUGACAUGUGUUUUUCUUGCUUUUUUUGUUGUUAUUCUGUCUCUCACUGUUCAAAGAAACGUACCAUUAAAAUUAUAGACUGAUCAUUUCUUUGUCAGUGGGCAAACGUACAAAGUCAACAGGGGAUCAAAUACUUUUUUUUCCCUCACUGUAUAAAGUCCCAUAGUUGACAGUGCAUGUCAGAGCAGAAACUAUACCAUGAAGUCCAAGGAAUUGUCCGUAGAUCUCUGAGAGAGAAUUGUGAUGAGGUAUAUAUCUGGGGAAGGGUAUAAAACAAUUUCUAGAGUGUUGAAAGUUUCCAAGAGCACAAUGGUCUCCAUUGACUAAACUGAGCAACCGGGCAAGAAAGACCUUGUUCAGGGAGGUGACCAAGAACCCAAUGACCACUCUGACAAAACUACAGAGUUCCUUGGCUGAGAUGGGAGAACCUGCCAGAAGGACAACAGUCUCUACAGCACUUCACCAAACUGGGCUUUAUGGGAGAGUGGAAGGACGUGAAAGACUCUGAGAUCAAAAGAUUCUGUGGUCUGAUGAGACAAACAUUAUACUCUUUGGCCUGAACGCAAAGCGCCAUCUUUAAAAAAAUGUUUUGCUCCAGAUACAAACUUAUACAAACAACAACUUACAGACACACACAAUGACUACAUCUAAUCUGCCCAGAUCCGCAUGCUCACACCUCCAUCCCUAGUGCAUUAUUGUUGGCAGCAUCAUGCUAUGGGGAUGCUUUUCAGCGGCAGGGACUGGGAGACUGGUAAGGAUAGAGGGAACAAUGAAUGGAGCCAAAUACAGGCAAAUCCUUGAGGAGAACCUGCUUGAGUGCAAACAACCUUAAACUGGGGUGACGAUUUACCUACCAACAGGACAAUGACCCAAAGCAACGCUGGAAUGUCUUCAGAACAAGAAUGUGAAAGUCAAUGAGUGGCCCAGCCAAAGCCCAGACUUGAAUCUCAUUGAAAAUCUGUGGAAAGACUUGAAGAUUGCGGUUCACCUCCACUCCCCAUCUAAUUUAACAGGGCUUGAGAAAAAUCUGCAAGGAAGAAUGGGAGAAAAUCCCCAAAUCCAGAUGUGCAAAGCUGACACAGACAUACCCAAGACGACUCAAAGGUGCUUCUACAAAGUAUCGACUCGGGUAUGAAUACUUAUGUAAAUUAGAAUGCUGUAUUUCGUUCUCAAAAAAUGUGCAAAUUUCUAAAAACAUGUUUUCACUUUUGUCAUUAUGGGAUAUUGUGUUUAGAUGGGUGAGAAGAAAAAUGAUUUAAUCAAUUUUGAAUUCACGCUAUAACAACAAAAUGUGGCAUAAGUCAAGGGGUAUGAAUACUUUCUGAAGGCACUGUGAGCAUGAUAUACACUGCUCAAAAAAAUAAACAACACAAUGUAACUCCAAGUCAAUCACACUUCUGUGAAAUCAAACUGUCCACUUAGGAAGCAACACUGAUUGACAAUACAUUUCACAUGCUGUUGUGCAAAUGGAAUAGACAACAGGUGGAAAUUAAAGGCAAUUAGCAAGACACCCCCAAUAAAGGACUGGUUUUGCAGGUGGUGACCACAGACCACUUCUCAGUUCCUAUGCUUCCUGGCUGAUGUUUUGGUCACUUUUGAAUGCUGGCGGUGCUUUCACUCUAGUGGUAGCAUGAGACGGAGUCUACAACCCACACAAGUGGCUCAGGUAGUGCAGCUCAUCCAGGAUGGCACAUCAAUGCGAGCUGUGGCAAGAAGGUUUGCUGUGUCUGUCAGCGUAGUGUCCAGAGCAUGGAGGCGCUACCAGGAGACAGGCCAGUACAUCAGGAGACGUGGAGGAGGCCGUAGGAGGGCAACAACCCAGCAGCAGGACUGCUACCUCCGCCUUUGUGCAAGGAGGAGCAGGAGGAGCACUGCCAGAGCCCUGCAAAAUGACCUCCAGCAGGCCACAAAUGUGCAUGUGUCUGCUCAAACGGUCAGAAACAGACUCCAUGAGGGUGGUAUGAGGGCCCGACGUCCACAGGUGGGGGUUGUGCUUACAGCCCAACACCGUGCAGGACGUUUGACAUUUGCCAGAGAACACCAAGAUUGGCAAAUUCGCCACUGGCGCCCUGUGCUCUUCACAGAUGAAAGCAGGUUCACACUGAGCACAUGUGACAGACGUGACAGAGUCUGGAGACGCCGUGGAGAACGUUCUACUGCCUGCAACAUCCUCCAGCAUGACCGGUUUGGCAGUGGGUCAGUCAUGGUGUGGGGUGGCAUUUCUUUGGGGGGCCGCACAGCCCUCCAUGUGCUCGCCAGAGGUAGCCUGACUGCCAUUAGGUACCGAGAUGAGAUCCUCAGACCCCUUGUGAGAGCAUAUGCUGGUGCGGUUGGCCCUGGGUUCCUCCUAAUGCAAGACAAUGCUAGACCUCAUGUGGCUGGAGUGUGUCAGCAGUUCCUGAAAGAGGAAGGCAUUGAUGCUAUGGACUGGCCCGCCCGUUCCCCAGAUCUGAAUCCAAUUGAGCACAUCUGGGACAUCAUGUCUCGCUCCAUCCACCAACGCCACGUUGCACCACAGACUGUCCAGGAGUUGGCGGAUGCUUUAGUCCAGGUCUGGGAGGAGAUCCCUCAGGAGACCAUCCGCCACCUCAUCAGGAGCAUGCCCAGGCAUUGUAGGGAGGUCAUACAGGCACGUGGAGGCCACACACACUACUGAGCCUCAUUUUGACUUGUUUUAAGGACAUUACAUCAAAGUUGGAUCAGCCUGUAGUGUGGUUUUCCACUUUAAUUUUGAGGGUGACUCCAAAUCGAGACCUCCAUGGGUUGAUAAAUUUGAUUUCCAUUGAUAAUUUUUGUGUGAUUUUGUUGUCAGCACAUUCAACUAUGUAAAGAAAAAAGUAUUUAAUAAGAUUAUUUCAUUCAUUCAGAUCUAGGAUGUGUUAUUUUAGUGUUCCCUUAAUUUUUUGGAGCAGUGUAUAUGCAAGCACAGUACCCUCAGUGCCAUAGGUAAACUCUCAGCAGAGACCUUAGAAUGCUUAUCAAUGGCAGGGUAUAUUCUGUCCAUUCACAAUCUCCUUUCUCUGCUUUCAGGAGGUGAACAGCCGACAGUAUUAUGACCAGAAUCCGGAGGCCCACCCUAAAGCCUAUGGAGGGCUGGAAGUGUGUUCUGGGGCAGAGGGGGGCGCAGUGGGGACCAUCGUGGCCCAGCCAGUCCUCAACACUGAGACCCUGCUCACUGUCGAACACAAGGUUUCAUAUACAGUGCAUUCGGAAAGUAUUCAGACCCCUUGACUUUUUCCACAUUUUGUUACAUUACAGCCUUAUUCUAAACUGGAUUCAAUAGUUUUUUUCCCCCUCAUCAAUCUACACACAAUACCCCAUAAUGAGAAAGCAAAAACAGGUUUUUAGAAAUGUUUGCAAAUGUAUAAAAAAUUUAAACAACUGAAAUAUGAAAUUACAUAGGUAUUCAGACCCUUUACUCAGUACUUUGUUGAAGCACCUUUGGCAGCGAUUACAGCUCAAGUCUUUGGUAUGACGCUACAAGCUUGGCACACCUGUAUUUGGGGAGUUUCUCCCAUUCUUCUCUGCCGUUCCUCUUAAGCUCUGUCAGGUUGGAGGGGAGCCUUGCUGCACAGCUAUUUUCAGGGCUCUCCAGAGAUGUUAGAUUGGGUUCAAGUCCGGGCUCUGGCUGGAACACUCAAGGACAUUCAGAGACUUGUCCUGAAGCCACUCCUGCAUUGUCUUGACUGUGUGCUUAGGGUUGUUGUCCUGUUGGAAGGUGAACCUUCGCCCCCAGUCUGAGGUCCUGAGCGCUCUGGAGCAGUCUUUCAUCAAGGAUCUCUCUGUACUUUGCUCCGUUCAUCUUUCCCUCUUCUGACUAGUCUCCCAUUCCCUGCCGCUGAAAAACAUCUGCACAGCAUGAUGCUGCCACCACCGUGCUUCACCGUAGGGAUGGUGCCAGGUUUCCUCCAGACGCUUGGCAUUCAGGCCAAAGAGUUCAAUCUUGGUUUCAUCAGACCAGAGAAUCUUGUUUCUCGUGGUCUGAGAGUCCUUUAGGUGCCUUUUGGCAAACUCCAAGCGGGCUGUCAUGUGCCUUUUACUGAGGAGUGGCUUCCAUCUGGCCACUCUACCAUAAAGGCCUGAUUGGUGGAGUGCUGCAGAGAUGGUUGUCCUUCUGGAAGGUUCUCCCAUCUCCACAGAGGAACUCUGAGCUCUGUCACAGUGACCAUCGGGUUCUUGGUCACCUCCCUGACCAAGGCCCUUCUCCCCCGAUUGCUCAGUUUGGCUGGGCGGCCAGCUCUAGGAAGAGUCUUGGUGGCUCCAAACUUCUUCCAUUUAAGAAUUUCAAUGCUGCAGAAACGUUUUGGUACCUUCCCCAGAUCUGUGCCUUGAGACAAUUCUGUCUUGGAGCUCUACGGACAUUUCCUUCGACCUCAUGGCUUGGUUUUUGCUCUGACAUGCACUGUCAAUUGUGGGACUUUAUAUAGACAGGUGUGUGCCUUUCCAAAUCAUGUCCAAUCAAUUGAAUUUACCACAGGUGGACUCCCAAUUAAGUUGUAGAAACAUCUGAAGGAUGAUCAAUGGAAACAGGAUGCACCUGAGCUCAAUUUAGAGUCUCAUAGCUGAAAACCUGUUUUCGCUUUGGCAUUAUGGGUUAUUGUGUGUAGAUUGAUGAGGGAAAAAAUGUAUUUAAUCCAUUUUAGAAUAAGGCUGUAAUGUAACAACAUUUGGAAAAAGGGAAGGGGUCUGAAUACUUUCCGAAUGCACUCAUGAUUUGUGGUGGGUACAUGUGGAGAGGGUGCGGUGGGUUGAAAUUGUGAAGUGUUGUGUAGUAGUUGUAAAGUGUGCACUGUGUAGUAGUACGGGACUGGUGUGUGGGUGGGAGAUGUGUUAAUGUUUUAUUGUGCAGUGUGUGUUACAUGGCCUGUUGCUUGUGCUACAAAAGUUAUUAUUGGUGCCACUGAAUUUUCUACAGCGGUAGUGCCACCGGCGCUAAAAAGGUUAACCUAGAGCCCAACACAGGAGGUGUACAUGUCAAGUAACUUAUGUCUGGUGAUUGGUGCCUGCUCUGGUUGAAGGACAGCAGAGUGAACAGCAGGAUCCUAGUGAUGGCCGAAGGGGAGGUGGGGCCUUCCCAGCAUACCCUGGACCGGACCCAGACGCUUGUUCUCAUGGACCCUGAUGGACAGGGAGGCAGCCUGAUCUACGAGGAGGCGGCCAGCAUUAUCACCGAACCGGUAACAGCAUUCACUUUUGUUGUGUAAGCAGAUUCUGCUAUAGUACUAGGGCCCUUUUCUUGAAGGAUUGAGUGCUCUGGGCUGUCUGCAUUGAGCUGUAUGUUUGCUAAUAUUGUACCCAGGGCUCUAAAGUGCGACCAUUUUGGUCACAUAUGCGCCUAAAUAUUUUGCUGUGCGACCUGUAUUUUUCUUUUGGGAGCACCAGUGUGACUAGGAAUAAAAAUCAGCCAGAAUAAUUGUUGUUAUUAUUAGCGGCUUUUGUCCAUUUUAAUAUCGAGUAAUAUUUCACUUUCUCUGGUCAUAGGAGUAACAACAUGAAUUUGUGCGUGAGGCAGAAAUAAUGCGACUCAAGUCUCACCAUCAGCUGGAAGACGUGUCGCCUUUUUGGUCACGGUCGAGGAGAGGCAAACCCUCUGCUGCUCUCUCCCUACCUCCGCUGAAACUGACCAUCAGAUGCAGGCACCAUCAGUUCAGUAAAAUAAAAUAAAGCAAAUGAUUUCAAUUUAUGCUCACUCAGCUGUGCCUCACAAGUAAUACAACCGAUCUAUUACCGGUGUGAUCAUAUAGCCUACCUCAAAAAAUCAAAAUAUUUUCCAAACAACAAUGCAUUGGCAGGGCAAUUCAAGCAAAGCCAAUAUGCGGUGAUAACACAGGAGGCUGCUAAGGGGAAAACGGCUCAUAAUAAUGGCCGGAACGGAGCAAAUGGAAUGGCAUCAAACACCUGGAAACUAUGUGUUUGAUUUAUUUAAUAGCAUUCCAUUGAUUACGCUCCAGUCAUUACCAUGAGCCCAAUAAUGUAUUGGGCCUAUAGCAUACUGCACAAACCUCAUUGCUACAGUAUUGUUUUUAAUAGGUUAAUGCUGCUUAGGCGUAUGUUUUUUAAGUCAUGUUUAAAAAAUAUCUGAGCAGUAGAUCUCUGCUUCAAAGUAUGUGUAUCAAUAUUUUAGCGUUUUUAAAAUAAACAAUGUAUUUAAAGGGUUAUUAAUUUUAGGGCAAAGCAUGUGCUUCAAAAGUAGCUAGAAUUCAUAUAGGCCUUAGGAAAUUAUUCAGACCCCUUGACUUUUUCCACAUUUUGUUACGUUACAGCCUUAUUCUAAAAUGGAUUAACUAAAAAUAAAAAUACUCAGCAAUCUACACACAAUAAAUACCCCAUAAUGACAGAGCGAAAACAGGUUUUUAGACAUUUUUGUACAUUUAUAAAACAUUCAAAACAGAAAUACCUUAUUUACAUAAGUAUUCAGACCCUUUGCUAUGAGACUCGAAAUUGAGCUCAGGUGCAUCCUGUUUCCAUUGAUCAUCCUUGAGAUGUUUCUAGAACUUGAUUGGAGUCCACCUGUGGUAAAUUCAGUUGAUUGGAAAUUAUUUGGAAAGGCACACACCUGUCUAUACAGUGAGAGAAUAAAGUAUUUGAUCCCCUGCUGAUUUUGUAUGUUUGCCCACUGACAAAGACAUGAUCAGUCUAUAAUUUUAAUGGUAGGUUUAUUUGAACAGUGAGAGACAGAAUAACAACAAAAAAAUCCAGAAAAACGCAUGUCAAAAAUGAGAGAAAUAAGUAUUUGACCCCUGUGCAAAACAUGACUUAGUACUUGGUGGCAAAGCCCUUGUUGGCAAUCACAGAGGUCAGACAUUUCUUGUAGUUGGCCGCCAGGUUUGCACACAUCUCAGGAGGGAUUUUGUCCCACUCCUCUUUGCAGAUCUUCUCCAAGUAAUUAAGGUUUCGAGCCUGACGUUUGGCAACUCGAACCUUCAGCUCCCUCCACAGAUUUUCUAUGGGAUUAAGGUCUGGAGACUGGCUAGGCCACUCCAGGACCUUAAUGUGCGUCUUCUUGAGCCACUCCUUUGUUGCCUUGGCCGUGUGUUUUGGGUCAUUGUCAUGCUGGAAUACCCAUCCACGACCCAUUUUCAAUGCCAUGGCUGAGGGAAGGAGGUUCGCACCCAAGAUUUGACGGUACAUGGCGCCGUCCAUCGUCCCUUUGAUGUGGUGAAGUUGUUCUGUCCCCUUAGCAGAAAAACACCCCCAAAGCAUAAUGUUUCCACCUCCAUGUUUGACGGUGGGGAUGGUGUUCUUGGGGUCAUAGGCAGCAUUCCUCCUCCUCCAAACAUGGCGAGUUGAGUUGAUGCCAAAGAGCUUGAUUUUGGUCUCAUCUGACCACAACACUUUCACCCAGUUCUCCUCUGAAUCAUUCAGAUGUUCAUUGGCAAACUUUAGACGGGCCUGUAUAUGUGCUUUCUUGAGCAGGGGGACCUUGCGGGCGCUGCAGGAUUUCAGUCCUUCACGGCGUAGUGUGUUACCAAUUGUUUUCUUGGUGACUAUGGUCCCAGCUGCCUUGAGAUCAUUGACAAGAUCCUCCCGUGUAGUUCUGGGCUGAUUCCUCACCGUUCUCAUGAUCAUUGCAACUCCACGAGGUGAGAUCUUGCAUGGAGCCCCAGGCCGAGGGAGAUUUACCGUUCUUUUGUGUUUCUUCCAUUCCACUGUUGUCACCUUCUCACCAAGCUGCUUGGCGAUGGUCUUGUAGCCCAUUCCAGCCUUGUGUAGGUCUACAAUCUUGACAUCCCUGACAUCCUUGGAGAGCUCUUUGGUCUUGGCCAUGGUGGAGAGUUUGGAAUCUGAUUGAUUGAUUGCUUCUGUGGACAGGUGUCUUUUAUACAGGUAACAAACUGAGAUUAGGAGCACUCCCUUUACGAGUGUGCUCCUAAUCUCAGCUCAUUACCUGUAUAAAAGACACCUGGGAGCCAGAAAUCUUUCUGAUUGAGAGGGGGUCAAAUACUUAUUUCCCUCAUUAAAAUGCAAAUCAAUUUAUAACAUUUUUGACAUGCGUUUUUCUGGCUUUUUUUGUUGUUAUUCUGUCUCUCACUGUUCAAAUAAACCUACCAUUAAAAUAAUAGACUGAUCAUUUCUUUGUCAGUGGGCAAACUUACAAAAUCAGCAGGGGAUCAAAUGUAAGGUCCCACAGUUGACAGUGCAUGUCAGAGCAAAAACCAAGCAAUGAGGUCGAAGGAAUUGUCCGUAGAGCUCCAAGACAGGAUUGUGUCAAGGCACAGAUCUGGGAAAGGGUACCAAAAAAUGUCUGCAGCAUUGACGGUCCCCAAAAACACAGUGGAAGCCACUCCUCAGUUAAAGGCCAAACAGCUCAACUAAUCUAUCUGCAGUGAUUGAGGGACCAGGGAAAAGUACCGCACAGGGAUGCCACCUGAUGUAAGAACAAUGGUCUUUGAGUAUCUCAGCCUUCACGCCUCCUGUCAAUGUACCUGUUCGUUAAGUCUCUGGAUCUCUGCCCUAAGCCUCUUCUCCAUGGCGAGUUUGCCAAAAGGCACCUAAAGACUCUGACCAUGAGAAACACGAAUCUCUGGUCUGAUGAAACCAAGGUUGAACUCUUUGGUCUGAAUGCCAAGCGGCACGUCUGGAGGAAACCUGGCACCAUCCCUAUGGUGAAGCAUGGUGGUGGCAUCAUCAUGCUGUGGGGAUGUUUUUCAGCGGCAGGGACGUUUUUCAGCGGUAGGGACUGGGAGACUAGUCAGGAUCUAGGCAAAGAUGAACGGAGCAAAAUACAGUGAGAUCCUUGAUGAAGUGGCUUCAGGACCAGUCUCUGAAUGUCCUUGAAUGGCCCAGCCAGAGGCCGGACAUGAACCCGAUUUGAACAUCUCUGGAGAGGCUUGAAAGUAGCUGUGCAGCAAUGCUCCCCAUCCAACCUGACAGAGCUUGAGAGGAUCUGCAGAGAAGAAUGGGAGAAACUCCCCAAAUACAGGUUUGCCAAGCUUGUAACGUCAUACCAAAGACUCGAGCUGUAAUCGCUGCCAAAGGUGCUUCAACAAAGUACUGAGUAAAUGGUCUGAAUACUUAUGUAUUGGUGUGCGAGUCAGCUGUUUGUUCAAACGCACCCGUCCACAAUUGCUAAUAACCCAUCCGCAAUCGCCCGACUAUAUGUGAUAAAGUGAAAAUUCGGCUUGGAUGCAUAUUUUAUGUGGUUGAACGCUUUUAUGAUGCUGAUAAAGAUGGCUCUCUACGGUCCCUAACUGCGCAUUCGCAUUUUCCAAUUCACCAAAUCUUUCCCAAUCAUUACUUUUCUGGCCCUCCCUUCUCUUUAUUUUCAACUCUCCAUUUUGCAGCAUUUCUGUUACUGAAUUAAACUCCGACAUUGUCCUUUUUGCCUCAGUGGAUUGAUGUUAAAGGGAAACCUCGGGAUUUUGACAAUGAGGCGCUUUAUCUACUUCCCCAGAGUCAGAUGCACUCGUGGAUACCAUUUUUAUGUCUCUGUGGCCACUAUGAAGGAAGUUAGAGGUAGUUUUGCGAGCCAAUGCUAACUAGCGUUAGUGCAAUGACUGGAAGUUAAUGGGUAUCUGCUAGCAUGCUAACGCAGUAGCUAAAGGGCAUCAUUGCCAAAAUCGAGAAGUAUCCCUUUAACUCUUUCUGUCCGUUCCCUAAAGCGUUUCGUGAUUUGCGUGUAGGCUAAAGCUUAGGCUUAUGCACUAAUGCCAGAUCGCCAAAAAAUAAUGAACAAAAAAACUAAAUGUAGCCUAUAGAUAUACACUGUAGCCAUGAUAGGAUGCACCUGGUCAGCAACAAUGUUCAGAUACGUUGUGGCAUUAAAACGUUGGUAUCAAGGGGCCUAACGUGUGCCAGGAAAGUAUUCCCCACACCAUUGACACCAGGCAGGAUGGGGCCAUGGACUCAUGCUGCUUACGGCAAAUUCUGACUCUGCCAUCAGCAUGAGUCAACAGGAACCGGGAUUCGUCGGACCAGGCAAGGUUUUUCCACUCCUCAGUUUUCCAGUGUUGGUGAUCGCGUGCCCACUGGAGCUGCUUCUUCUUGUUUUUAGCAGAUAGGAGUGGAACCCGGUGUGGUCGUCUGCUGCAGUAGCCCAUUCGUGACAAGGACCGACGAAUUGUGCGUUCCGAGAUGCCGUUCUGCACACCACUGUUGUACUGUGCUGUUAUUUGCCUGUUUGUGGCCCGCCUGUUAGCUUGCACGAUUCUUGCCAUUCUCCUUCGACCUCAUCAACGAGCUGUUUUCGUCCACAGGACUGCCGCUGACUGGAUGUUUUUUGUUUGUCGCACCAUUCUCGGUAAACCCUAUACACUGUUGUGCGUGAAAAGCCCAGAAGGUCGGCCGUUUCUGAGAUACUAGAACUGGCGCGUCUGGCACCGACGAUCAUACCACGCUCAAAGUCGCUUAGGUCACUCGUUUUGCCUAUGCUAACGUUCAAUCGAACAGUAACUGAAUGCUUUGAUGCCUGUCUGCCUGCUUUAUAUAGCAAGCCACGGCCACGUGACACAUUGUCUGUAGGAGCGAACAAUUUUGUGAACGGUGUGGUGUACCUAAUAAACUGGCAAUAAAAUUGCACAAGAAUUAUACAUUCAUGGAUAUUUUAAUAUAUAUAUAUUUUUUAAUUCAAACCGACCGUCACCCACCCGCCCUUCAUCCACACAAUAUUUCAUGACCCUAAAUCCGCACGCCCCGCGGAUGUAACCGCAGAGACUGCGUGUUGAGUCAACCCGCGCAUCCCUAUAACAUAGGUUUUAUCGCAAUCAAGCUAAAAGUCUGCUUUUCUGGUGCUCCUAAAUUUUAUGAUGUGCUAACUUUUUUAAGUUGGGAGCACCAGUGCUACCAAUUAACAUUUUUAAUUUAGAGCCCUGAUUGUACUUAUGGUUGUCCAUUGCAGGGCGGGGAGGGUCUGGAGCAGGCCCUGCAGAUGGAGAAGCAUCUUCUGGAGCUCCACCGGCAGAACGAGACCAUGCGGCAGGAGAAGGACGCCAUGGAGAAGAGGCUUAGGGCAGAGAUCCAGAGACUUAACGAACAGGUACAUUGACAGGAGGCGUGAAGGCUGAGAUACUCAAAGACCAUUGUUCUUACGUCAGGUGGCAUCCCUGUGCGGUGCUUUUCCCUGGUCCCUCAAUCACUGCAGAUAGAUUAGUUGAGCUGUCUGAUGUGAGACAGUUUUUCCACCCUACCACUUUCCUGGCAUUGCACUGACAUGUGUCAGAGAGGGCUUAAAUGAAAUAAAGAAAAAAGUCAAGGGCUGUGAGAGUGGGGACAAAGUGUUUUACAAUUUUCUCUAUGUGAAAGAUGCUAUACAGGGACAAAGUGGCCAGGUUACUUGGAGACGCAAAGUGGGAAGAGUUACAGAGACUCAGAAACCAGGUACACUGACCAGCACAGCAGCAAAGAGAUGGUUAACAUAACAUGAUUACUCAUUUUGUGGAGGAUCAUUUAUCAUAAUUUGAAUUUGUGUGAAAGAUAAAUUAAUAGUAAUCUAUUUCAACAUGUUAGUGUUUAAUUUUAACAUGUUUAAAGCACUAACGUUAUCUCUUUUAAAUGCCAGACCCCCCCCCUCCUUCUUUGACAUGUUUGGUUGAAUGGAAAACAGACUAUUUUAAUUUGUCCAUUCCAACUUCUGUACUUCUGACGUGGCCAUGGUUGAUGUGUCUCCUCCCCUGUGCUGUGGUGCCCCCCAGGUGGCCAGUGUGGUGCAGGCCAACGUCAAGAUGUUUGAGGAGCUGAAGCUGUACCGCUCUGCAGAAAACAGCCAGCAGAGAAUCAAUCAGCUGGUGAAUGGAGGCUUUUAACUGCUACUGUAGUGAUGAUCCAAAGUGUUUGUUGAAUACUCUCAAGGCCACAUGCCAGAUGUAAAACGAUGUGUAAAGCCUCUUAGAAGAGCUAUGCAUUCUGUAUGAUUUAGUUAAAAUUCAUGAGCUUUAAUAGUAUUAAUGAGCUGGAAUGUCAAAGGGCUUUAUUGCCUACUGAAGCAAAGUGGUUUCUCGUUUAAAAGGAGCCAUCCUUUUGUAAAUCCACUGAACAUCACACAUCAUUGAAGCUCAUUAGAUGAUAUAAGAGAGUCUUUGACAGCUGUUUCCUUGUCUGUCUCUCAGGUGAAGAGUUUGGAGGAGCAGCACCGCACUCUCAUCCACACCCAGCUAGCCUCCCUGAGGACAGAGCUACUGCGCCAGGCAGGAACCGCAGCACCCAUCAACGGCCACUCAGAGCUCACCGUCAGCCUUAUCGGUGAGGCCACUGGCCCUGGGGAGAUGACUCUCCUGAAGGAGGAACAGAGUGAAACAAGGGUAGAGCGGGAGGGAGAAGCAUUGACCAUGGUGGUGGUUCAGAUGGGCCCUGACCCAGGGGAUUUGGUACCAAUAUCGAGUGAUGUAUGUUUGGUGGGUGGGCAGGAGGAGGAAUCAUCGGUUCCUGAGCUGUACAGUGUUGACUCUGGUGCAGAGGACUUCCAGAAUUCUACUGAAAGCCUUGAAGACAAAGAGGGGGAGGAGCCAUCUUUGUCAAGGAAACGCAGACCCAAAGAGGAACCAGGGGGAGAGAGCGAAGCCAAACUGCAGUGCAUCUGUUGAGACCGUGCUCUUUGUUACUCUCAUCUAUCUUUUUCUCUCCAGUCAUUUCCUGGCAGUACUUGGGGGUUUCUUUAUGGGAGGGUACCUUUCCCACGAGGUGUUCUAAAAGGCUGUCCAGACUGAGACAGGCACAGGGCAGCAGUGUGGGAAGAACUCUACUGUCAAAGCAUCCUUCACUCCCUGUAGUGUGUGACCUGUACUUCCAUGUAACGCUACUCAGCUAAACCUAAUGACUGUUUACCAGUCUGCUCUGUACUUAAGCUCUGUUUUUAGAAGCUUCAUGAAGGUCUACAGCGAAUGUAUUACACACACCUAUUCAAAGAAAAUAACUUAUUUUUGUUCUGACUGUUCCAAUGUUUUCAUAAAGCUUGUUUGUUCAACUGUUGGUUCCAUUGUUCUACUAAACAUUGUAUUUACAGACUGGCGGUAACUAACUAACCAUCUAUGUCUUGACGAGACAGUCAAGUCACACAAUGCAAUUGUAGUUUGUUAUACAAUGUGUUGCUUGUUAACUUGCAUAAAAUGUAUACAGUACAUAGCCUACAA